AUGGCUACCCAAAACAAUGAUCAUCUUGCGGUUGAUGAGACUGAAACCGACGGCUCGUCGGUGAGCCAUUCAAGCCUCGCUUCGUCUACCACGAGCGUGACGAGCUCCAUUCUAGAAUAUCGCAUCGAGAACGGACGGACCUACCACAAAUACAAGGACGGCAAAUACGCCGCCCCCAACGAUGAGAAAGAGAAUGAUCGCCUCGACCUUCAGCACAACCUGUUUAUCCGAACCUUUGAUGAUCGACUUGGCACUGCGCCACCAAACAAUCGAGACGCAAAGGUCGGCAGAGCUCUUGAUGUCGGCACUGGAUCUGGCAUAUGGGCUAUUGACUUUGGCGACGAACACCCCGAGGCCGAGGUUGUCGGUGUUGAUUUAUCGGCUGUACAGCCCGCAUUUGUCCCGCCAAAUGUCCGAUUCGAAAUCGACGACAUUGAGGAGCCUUGGACCUUUUCAAAGCCCUUUGAUUAUAUCCACAGUCGGAUGAUGACAGGUAGCAUCAGCAACUGGAAGCGAUAUCUCCAGAAAUGCUUCGACAACCUCAACCCUGGCGGCUAUCUCGAACUCAAUGACAUUGACGCCGUCCCCGUCUCCGACGACGGGACCUUGACGGAGGAGACUUCGUUGAUGAAGAGCGUUCGUCUCUGGUCUGAAGGGCUCGCUAAAUUCGGCUCCCCCUUUGAGGAAUUCAGCCGCUUCGAAAGCGUUCUGAAGGACAUUGGGUUUGAAGACGUCCACAUCCAGCGGUUCAAGUGGCCUACCAACGGAUGGCCCAAGGAUCAAAAGCAUAAGGAGAUUGGUAUCUGGAACUAUGAGAACUUGGCCCCUAAUUGGGAGGGUUUCCUGAUGGCGCCGUUGACCCGAGCCUUGGGCUGGACUAAAGACGAGGUUCUCGUACUCGCCAUGGAGGCUCGAAAGGACUUUGGUAACAGGAACAUCCAUGCUUACUACAACAUGUAA